AUGCUAUGGCAACGUCCUCCGGAGCCGGCAGUCCGUGCUGUGUCUACACUAGCACAAGUUUGUGGGGUCGAGAGAAUCAAGGAGGCGAAAACUAUUGCCGAUGCUGCUAUUGGUAGUCAACUUCAUCAGAGCCGGUCACUAGUACAUCACACAGCCGAUGGAAAUCUCUUAAGAAUGACAGAAGAAUUGCGUGAAUGGGCUGAUCCAAUGUCCAAGGAUGGAAAUGGCAAGUCCGCACUCCAAAUGGCAAUUAUCAAUGGACAUCAAGACGCUUUGGAGCUUCUCAUCAGCUUUCGUGCUCUCCCAAAUAUUGACGAAAUGUGCGACGCAAUCAAAUACAACAGGGAAGAUUUCUGGGAAAUUUUGUUGGAAGAAUGUGAUCUAUCUGUGCUCGACCUUGGUACACUGGUGAAAGCAGCUCAUGAAACCGGCCUACAAUCCGUUCAGGCAUGGUUGCACCGUCUAAACCAAUACGAUUACUUCGAUCUCUCCAAGCUCGGUCUCCAGACACCAUUCAACGGAAUCUACAUCAUUCAGAAUGCUUACCAUGGUGAGAGCCAUUAUAUUAGUUUCACGCAGCACGAAAAACGGCUAAGGGCGACUUAUGCCGAAAGUGAUGCCAUGCCUCUUGAAUUUUUCCCCACUGGUGAACCCGACACUUAUAAACUCUACAACCAGUGGCCUGGUGAGAAAAAGUGGGUAUCGUUCAGUACUGACGGGAAAUGGCUAUACGCUCGAUAUGCUGACGAAUCUGAGGCAAUGCCAGUAAAAUUUGUCGCGACUUCUACUGCAAUGGUCUACAAGAUGGUGAAUAUGUGGGGUGGACAAGAAAACAAAUGGAUAUCUUUUACCAAUGAUGGAAGGUGGCUACGAGCAACCUACGCAAAGGAACAUGACGCAAUGCCUGUUCGCCUCUCCUUCAGGACAUAG